AUAGCAACCGAUGACACUUAGCAACCGACGAGGCAUGGAACGAGACAAUAGUCUUCAUUCGAUAUUCGCUUUGAGAAAUUGUAGAAUCACUUUGCAGAGCAAAGGAAAGUUGUCGAAAUCGGUCACAUUAUAUUUUGCGUGUUGUUAAUGCCAAAUUUUGUGCACUACAUAUGUAGCCUUUGCCUCUUGUGAGUGGAUUGUUGCUGAUCACCCCGUUGUCGGCAAGUAAGGAGGGCAAGAUGUCUCUACCAUUUCUGCCAGGAUAUUCAGAAAUUGGAAAGAGGAUGCAUUCCCUGAAGCCGGGAUACCAUCUCCCUCAUCGAUUUGAUUUCAAGGAAGACCAACGAUUCUAUAUCGACCAGGAGAUCGGCAGCCGUGACCUGCCCCGACCCGGCUGGACCAAGCGGAUCCCGCGUCACAGUUUCUACCCUCGGACAGCCGGGCCCGGUCUGCCCGCCUGGGUUGCAUUCGAUAAACAGGUCCUGCGCUUUCGCGGCUACUACACGGACAGGGUGGAGAACUCUCAGCUGGAACGGGGUCGGAUCCGUGCCGUCAAGAUCCACUUCUAUCUAGAGGACGACACUAUAGAGGUGAUCGAAUCCAAGUGGAAAAACAGCCAGCUGCCCCAGGGCACGCUGCUGCACCGUCACCGAGUGCCCCUACCGGAGCCGGACGAUUGUGAGUUCUACACCAUCGAGCACCUGAACGUGGGCCGCGACCUGCCGCUCUACGGCACCAUUUACCACAUCACCUCGUGCGACACGUUCACACGUAACUUCCUGUCCAAGCUGGGCGUGCGCGUCAACCCCGACUCGUGCAUCCCCAGCGACCCGUACAUGGAGCAGAGAAACGACCACGAGCGCUCUAUGCGUCCGCUGAAGCCUUACAAGAAGGUGGACACUUUGGGCCAGUUUCUGCACUACGACGGUAAGGUGCUGCGUUUCUGGGGCUACUGGGACGACCGUCCGGUGCCGCACGGCGAGCUUAGAGACCUGGUGCUGCUCUACUAUCUGGCCGAUGACACGGUGGAAUUAAAGGAGAUCGUCGGACACAACGCCGGGCGAUACAAGGCGCCCAGCCUGGUGCGGCGCGGCAAACUACCCAAGCAACUGAAGGCCCUGCCGCGUCCCGGAGUCGAGUGUCCCCGUACAGUACUCAAUACGUUCGGAGAUAUCUACGGCAAGGGCAUGGGCCGCCACUUCAUCUUCGACAACCUUAACAACAACUACCAUCCGUCCGACUUCUACCACGACUCGGAUCUGUGCAUCGGAGCGCACGUGAACGUCUGGGGCAGGGAAGUGGUGCUGACGGACUGCGACCCCUUCACCAGGGAGUACUACAAACUCAAAUACAACAAAGAUUUGGACGAGGGCCGUCCGUACCGGCCGCCGAAGAAGCCGGACCCGCCGCGUCAGGUACCGCCCUACCUGGGCUUCGGCAGUGAGGAGGACACGCUCACAUCCGUCUUCAACCUCAUACCGCAGGCGCCCAAAAAGGACUUCAAUAAGUUCAUGGAGAACGACCGGAACGGUCUGGACGGAAACGUGCUACGCUUCUCUGCGCGUAUGGUAACGGACAGCCGGAUCGACGCCAGUCGCCAGUUCAUCCUGUCGUUCUUCCUCAGUGACGACACGCUGUCCAUCUACGAGGUGGCAAUUCCUAACAGCGGUAUCGCUGGCGGGCGGUUCCUGGAGCGAGGCCCCGUGAAGCGCGACCCUCAGAGUUACAACGACUGCGCUAUCCUGCCCGACUGCUACGUCUCCGAGGAUCUGUACGUGGGAGCUGAGCUCGUCAUCAACAAGCACAGGUUCCGGCUGGUGGCUGCAGACGAGUAUACGCUGCGCUACACGGAUAAACGGCCAGGACGGUACGAGAAGGCGAACCCGGCUCAGAUUAUUCAGAAGCUGCGUCAGCACAUUUCGCGGGACGGCCAGCGCCAGAUGCACAAGGACUUCAACGAGGGCUACCGGGUGCGGGAGCACGUGUGCAGCUACUCCGAGAUGGUCAACAUCCUGCGCAAAUACGCCGGUGCGGUGCUGAGUGAACACGAACUCAUCACCUUGGGACGUCAUUUCUGCGCUGAUCAUAACACGACCGAGUACGCGUCUCAGGAGGAGCUGGUCGGCUACCUGCAGCGGGUGAUGAAGGAACACAAACUGGGAGCGGAGUGUAUCUCCCGCAUCGAGGACGGUCUGAUGCACCACGACCCGUACCGUACCGGCGACGUACCCGGUUAUCAGAUCACCAACGUGCUACGCCAGGAGCAGGUGCCGCUGCCAUCGGACGUGGUACACGAGAUCAUACAGUGUUUGCCGCGGACACAGGCCGGCACGGUCAACUUCUGCGAGUUCCUGAAGCUGCUGGACUGGGAGAAGAACCCGGUGCCCAUGCCAGAAAAGAAACCCAGGCUGCGCCAGCCCUGGGAGAAGUGGGACUUCCCCAAACCGGUGCAAACCGUCAACUACACGUCGCUUCUGAACGAGUUCGCUCCGCGCGACUCGGCCCGUUCCGGACCAAUGCCGGAGGUGAGCUGCGUGCCCCUGACCGGGGCGCCGGUGGAGCUGUCCGCCCACCCCACACCGGACCAGAUCCAGCGCAUACCGCCCGAUCCUCUACCGAUGCAGUGGUGUGACGCAGCUCAGCCACCGCCGCCGGCUCCCACCGAACCGUGCCCCCAGUGAAACGGACGUUCACUCAGCUCCCGGCCGGCGCCGCCGGCUCCGACGGAACCGUGCCCGCAGUGAGAAGGGAGCAGCUAGAGCGAGCGAGUGUGUAGCAUAUAGGAAGGGUAUCAUGUGUGAAGGAUUCAUGUUUGAUACUUAGAUUUUGUGCUAAAGAAAUGGUGAUAAGAGUAGCCCGCACGCGUCGUUAAUUUACAUGGAAUCCUGGCUACAUGGAAUCCCGGCUUGCCAUGCCUCCACAAAUUGUCUGCGUUCUGUCCAUGUUAUAAUGCGCAAGUUGAUGUUUUGUAGUUUCAACACAUCGAGUGUGUUCUAGUCAGGAAAAUCUCACGACUCAACGAUGUAGUUGAUUAUAGCGAAACGAUCAAUAUAUGCGAACUGAAAACGAACAAAUAA